CCCAUCCUUAGAAGCUGCAUUUAAAGAAGAAAAAAUAUCACAAAAAAAUUAAAAACAAAAGACUCCCCAUUUGAAGGAGAGAAGGGGAGAGGGUGGAAGAGAAGCUCCAAUCCCCUUCUCGCAAUCUCUCCCCCCAAAUUUUGUGUCUCGUUUCUUUUAAUCCUUGAUAAGAUCCAACCUUUCCGGCCGGCGCCGCCAUGGGAACCGAGGUCCUCCGCCCCCAGGACUGUCUCAUCCGCCCCGGCCCAGCCCUCUUUCCCCGCCGGAAACCCAAUCCCCGCGCCUUCCGAAAGCCAGCGUCGAAACGCCUCGAGGGCUCCCCGAAGCUGGCCAAGACAGCCGGCGGUGAGGACAGGAAGAAAGGCUGGGCAGCGGAAUGCCGCACGGCGGCCGCCAGAAACGGUGGAGAGUGGGAUUUGGCGGCGUUCGGGACGGGGAGGUUGGCGCCGGACAUGAUCCCAAAGCAGGUCAGGCUAAGGAAGGCGGUGGAUGUGUACGCGGGCGCGGGGUUCGCAAACUCGCCGUCGCCGAGGGCGCUGCCGCUGCCGAGAUUCUGGGGGAGGAUGCCAGCGCCGGCGAUCGUCGUGCACGAUUCGGCGACGAGAGAUCUCAGGCGACUGCUGCGGCUGGAAUGAUAUAAAUUGGUGGGGGAAAAUUCAUGUAGAGGUCGAGAUAUCUUUCUUUUAUUCAUUAAUGAUGACGUGUCAGAUCGAGAAUUUCCGUAGAAAAACGGAAGGAGAACAAGGCCUGUAAUUUGAAGGCAAAAAAAAAAAAAAAGACCAGAUUUAAU